UUCUACCGGGUAUAAAUACGAGACAGUGUGCCACAAUAAACCACUGUCUUCUUCAAAAUGCAUACUCUUGCAGUACUCCUAUUGUGCGCUUACUCGUCCCAAGCCCUUUUACCAGAGAAUCUGGUGGAGGAAGAAUGGAACAAGUUUAAGGCUAUGCACGCCCGAGCGUUUUUCGACCCUUUGGAAGAAACCUUCCGCAAAUCACUCUUCACCAAAAACCUCGAAAUCGUCGAAGAACACAACGAAAGGUUCAGGAACGGCUCAGAAACGUACGAGAUGGGUGUCAACAAAUUCAGCGAUUUCACCGAUGAGGAACUGUCUAACUUAACAGGACUGCAAGUACCACUGGAGUUUGAACAACCCCUCAACGAAACGGAAGACCCUUUGCUCCCGUCUUUAGGUCGGGGCAUCUCAGCUUCGUUGGAUUGGAGACAAAGGGGCGGUGUAACCCCGGUCAAAAACCAAGGCCAGUGUGGCUCUUGCUGGGCUUUUGCAACCAUUGGAGCGAUUGAAUCGCACUAUAAAAUCCGCCACAAACGUGCCAUCAGUCUCAGCGAGCAACAGCUAGUGGACUGCGUUGGCAGAGGCGGCGGUUGUGGUGGCGGUUGGAUACCAACAGCUUACUCCUACAUUGCGCGAAAUAAAGGAGUUAACUACAAUCGCGAUUAUCCCUAUCUGGGCAGGAAUGGUAAAUGUAGGUACAGGUCGUCCAAGCCCCACAUAGCGAUUCGAAGCUACGCUGCCAUUAAUAAUAAUAACAACGAGGAAAGGGUCCGAAGACUUGUGGCAACUAAAGGACCUGUUUCGGUAGCAAUUCACGUCGAUUCUCGCACUUUUCACAAGUAUAAGUCGGGCGUUUACAACAACCCGUCCUGUCGUGGUGGCUUGAACCAUGCUGUUGUCAUUGUUGGGUAUGGGAGAGAACGGGGUGUGGACUACUGGUUGGUGAAAAACUCCUGGGGGGCAGGUUGGGGACAAAAGGGCUAUGUUAAAAUGGCACGCAACAGGAGGAACCAGUGCGGGAUUGCAACGCACGCCAGUUAUCCAGUUUUCUAAUUCAACAAAUUUUAAGCCCAAUUAAUAAAAACAUUGUUUGAAAACCGA